AUGCUUAACGCAAAAGGAAGCAUGGCGCCCAAGCAGUCCAAGCAGGAAGCUCCGGAUGCCGGCAACCGAGUGCGCAGUGUGUCGUACCGCGAGAACUACCUCUCCGGCUGCCAGCGUCCUUGGGUGACCAAGGACGGCUCCUGGACGGUCAAGAGUGUGGACGGCCUGGACUUUGCGAAGUUCACCAAGACACUCACCGGCACGUCGGAUGAGCUCCGCGCCAAGCCCAGCAACGGCAUCUCCGAGAUGGCCAAGACACUGGUGGACGCCACGAAAGAUCUGCGUGACUUUCAGGAGGCAGGUCUGGUUGGAGACGGCCUUGACGGCCUCCUCACGGCCCUGGAAAAAAGGACUGCGGCGCUGGAUGUGCUGAACUCCUUUGGCUCGGAAGUCAGCCGCAGUCUGUCGCACGUGCAGGCGGCCAGCACGGAUGUCGUGGAGUUGCUGGAGCGGUUGGGCAGCCGCGCCGAUGCACGGGACCUCAUCUGUGACAUGCGACGGUCUUCAGUGCGCUUGGCGCACCUUGCCCAGUGGCUGCACGCCGGCAUGUCUGCCGCGAUGUGCCGCGGCACAGCGAACAGCAUGGCGCUCCUGGCCAAAACACCGUCAGCCAAGCCUCUGGCGAAAUUUUGGACCAUGGCGCUCAUGGAGAAGCAGACCCAGAGUGGCGCAGGGACGUCCAAGCCGGCGGUCAAGCGCCGGUAUGCAGGAAUGAAGGUGGACGAACCCGAGGAGGCGGAGGAGCCGGAGCCGGAGGAGGAAGAGGAAGAGGAGGCGGAAGAGGAGUCGGCUGCGCCCAAGGACGAGGAGGAGCCGCCGCGGAGGCAGGCGCAGAAGCCCAAGGGCAAGGCUGCCAAGGCCAAGGCCACAGGGAGGACGAGCCGGAAGGCUGCGGUCCUGGAGGUGGUCGAGGAUGCGGAGGACGAAGAGACGAACAGCAAAGGCACAGCGGUUCUCGCCAAGGACAAAACAAGGGGAAAGAAGAAGCAGGAGGCGGUCCAGGAUGAGGAGGCAGAGACGGAGAAGAAGACGAAGAAGGCUGCCCGCGCAAAGGAUGCGCAGAAAGGGCGCAAAACGCGCGCGGCCAAGGAGUGGAUGGAGGACGAGGACACAGAGCCGGAGACGAAAAACAAGGGGGCAGAGCAGGCGGCCACGGAGGCGCAGAGCAAGACGGCCAAGAGAGCCAAAAAGGGCGAGGAUGACGAGCCGGCGCCAAAGAAAAAGAAGACGGCCCGAAAGUGA